AUGUCGCUAAGCUCCCGCACCUUUCGGGCUCCUGAUUCAUAUGUUAGAAGGUCUAAUUCUCUACAAUCCGGCUCCUAUAACCCUAAUGUCUAUCGUUCCAACAGUAUUACGUCCAGCAGUUUUAAACCGGGCAACUCCCGCACUAAUUCCCUGACAUCCAAUUCCAGUAGAUACACCACUGGCUUUACCACCACUACAACCACGACGACAAAAAAAUUGCCCUCCAACCGUCACAGCUCGCCGACCACGAUUGUAAAGACCACCAAGGAGCAGGACGCAGAUGGUAGAACUCGAUCGAUUACGAAAACCACUAUUGAGCAGAAGGACGGUUUUGAAAUUGUCAAAACAACAGUCGUGAAGCCUAGUAUUGUGGAGAAUUACAACGAUCUUGGAAGCAUUGCAGAAGGAUUUGACGAGGAGUUCUAUCACGAAGAGGAGCCGCUGCCAAACAACACCCAGGAACUAGAAAACAUCCAAGAGGAACCGGCAGAACCCGAGAAAAUUGAGCUGAUACAGCACGGACAAUCUGAACCUGAAACGCACGAGUCUGCAGAAUCGGCCAGGACCCACACAUACCGCCAGCUCACCCAAUCCAAGAUCAAGCCACGUACCAGUUAUUCGCCUGCACGCAUAAUCUUAAAGAAUCCUGCCCCUGAUGACGACUCAGAUGGACAAUCCAUCUACUCUGAUGCCAACGAGGCCAAUCCUAAUACUGUCAAAAAUAACUUUAGCGAGAAAGUCACAGAGGAGAUUCGAUCCUAUACCUCGAGCACUGCCGGAAACUCACCUGUGAUUCCUCAGAGGUCUGCCUUCAGGGCUCCUUCCGCAUUUGGACCUCGUUCCAACAGCAUCACCUCAAAUACCUCGUCUAUGCGCAAGCAGGUGAAGAUUCUGGCCGUUGAUCCAUCUGAGUCCCGCUACAGUUCUUCUCCUCCUGCUCCUGCGGCACCCGUCCACAGACCUACUCCAGAAGAGCUGUAUCAGCAGGCUUACCAAGUUGCCAUGCAGAAAGUGUACGGAGACCGUCCAAGCAGGCCGUCUGAGUCGGGAAGUGUGACAGAGAUGGAUGCAGAUACACAAAAGAACACAUUGCUGAACUCGUCGUCGAGCCAAAACGGCCGCACGAUGUCUCUGACCCAGAAACCCGUGAGUCCAGGUCCCGAAAUUCCAGCAUACCAGUCCAAUGCUGCAGGAGUUGGAUUUAGAACUCACACAUUACGUGGAGAGCUAGAUACAAAGGAGGAAAAGAAGUUGAAAGCAGCGCAGCACAAAGAGGAGAAGAAAAAGCUGAAAGAAAUACGCAAGGAGCAGAAGGGCGAGCUGUCGGAGCUGAGCAAGCAACGCAAGUCUGCAAGAAAGAACGUUGAUGAGCUGAGCGAGAAGAAACGGAUUUUCAGUUUCAAGAAAAAAGUUCCCUCGACCACGGCCGAAAACGCUACAGACAACUCAAUCACGGUGACGCUUCCCGUGGAAGGAGAGCACACGGACAAUGGAAAGCCCCAAAAAAGCGAAAAAUCAGGCGUGGGGCGCAAGUUUAAAAAGUUCUUUAAUUUGUAG